AUGUUCGCCGAAUCUGUGAUUGGAUUCUCUCAGUUGAUCGCCGAAUCCGUCGUUAUCGCCUCCGUCGUCGUCUUCACUCUCCGUCUCUGCCUUAGAUUCGUUUACUUCCUCGCCAGCCGUCCAUGGCGUCGGUACCGUACAUUCACGGUUUGCCGCCGGAGAUGGGGGAAGAGAACGGCGGAGGAAGACCAUUCACCGCCGUACUGUGCGGUUUGUCUCCAGGACGCAGCGGAGGGAGAGAAGAUGAGGCGGUUAACGGCGUGCAGCCACUGUUUCCACGCCGAUUGCAUAGACCCGUGGCUUGAGAAACGGUCCACGUGUCCUCUGUGCAGAGCUGAAGUCCCGCCGGUGCCGUCGGGAAAUCCUCUGUUAGCGUUAAUUUUUCCUCCCGGCGUGAUCGAGUUGUUCACCAAAGGAACCUUCGUAUCCGAUGCUUAG